AUGGAUUCAAGAGUUGUUCAAAGUAAAGUGGUUGAGAACAAGGAUGAACAAAACCUUGAUCCACAACAAGUGGUGACACAUGAUGCAGAAGAGCACAAUUCUAUUGAGCCUGAGAAGAAAUCUGUUAUGAGUAGAGUGAAGGCAAGGGCUAGGAAAAUUAAGAACAGUAUUACGGGGCAUGGUCAGCAAACACCUGAUCAAACUAGUGGACAUAACACUGAAAUUCAGCAUACUCCUGAGGAUGAUGAAGAUGAAGAUGAUGAUGAUGAUGAUGGUGACUUGGAUGAGGGUCAAGAAAAUGUUCAAGAGCCACUACGCUAUGCGCCAAAUUAUGGUAGUAGAGAUGUUAAAAGUGCUACUACACCUACAACUGAAUAUGAGAAAGUUGAAAAUUUAAGAAAUUUGGUAUUUAAUUUGGAAGGUUCAAAAGUUGUAGGAGAAGAACCUCAUCAUGAUCCACUAAAUAAAGGUGUUUCUUCAAAAACUGAAACCAAUCAAAGCAUAGACACUGACAAGGCCAAACCAUUUGAUCUAGAAGAGAAACCAGACCAAUUCAAGGCCGAUUUCGAGAGGCCGAGAGUUUCGAAGGAAGAUUCUCAAGAACAAAGAAGUAGAACUGAGGCAUAUGAUCUUCCCAGUUAUCAAACCAGAGACACUGAUCCAAAUCUUGAAGUUUAUGACCGUGAAAGUGUUAAAAGUGCUACACCUAAAUUUGGAUCUGAGCAAGAUGAAACUUUAGGAAAUUCAGGAACUGAUUUUGAAGGUGGAAGAGUUAAGGGAGAAGAACCUCGUCGCGAUUCACUGGCUGAAGGUGUUUCUUCAAGAACCACUGAAACCAAUCAAAACAUAGCCAAACCAUUUUCUGAGGAAGAUAAGCCAGAUCAGUUCAAGGCCAAUUUGGCGAAGCUUGGAUUUUCGAAAGAAGAUUUUGAAGAUCAAGUAAAUAGAACUGAGGCAUAUACUCCUCCCAAGCAUCAAACUAAUGACAAUUAUCCAAGUGAAGAUGUUAAAAAUGCUACACCUCCACCUGAAUACAAGCAAGACGAAAAUUUCGGAAAUUCAGGAACUGGUUUUGAAGGUGCAAAAGUUAAGGGAGAAGAACCUCUUCGCAAUUCACUAUUUGAAGGUGCAAAAGUUAAGGGAGAAGAACCUCUUCGCGAUUCACUAUUUGAAGGUGUUCCUUCAACAACCACUGAAACCAAUCAAAACAUAGCCAAACCAUUUGCUGAGGAAGAAAAGCCAGAGCAAUUCAAGGCUGAUUUGGAGAGGCCGGGAUUUUCGGAAGAUUUUGAAGAACAAGGAAGUAGAAUUGAGGCAUAUACUCUUCCAAAGUAUCAAACCAGUGACACUUAUCCAAAUGAAGAAGGUAAAUUAAAAGACAUUAAACCACUUGAGGAAUCUCUUGAGAGAUUGAAUGUGCAUGAUGAUGAGCCGAAAAUCCAGCCACAUGCUGCUGACACUGAAUACCCUCCUUCUGCUGGAAGCCAUGAUCAGUUUGUGCCACACUUCUCUGAUGCAACAGAAACCAAGAGUGAAUAUCCUCGGGAAACGGUAUCGACCGAUAUCAAUAGAGACCAGGAAUUUUCGGAGUCGACCGAUACCAAUAGAGACCAGGAAUUUUCGGAGAAAGAUUCUCAAGAUCAAGGAAGUAGAACUGAGGCAUAUACUAUUCCCGGUUACCAAACCCGAGACACUGAUCCAAGUGGUGCUAGAAGUGAUGAAAUAGAAGACUUUACACCAAUUGAGGAAUCUCUAGAGAAGUUGAAUGUGCAUGAUGAUGAGUCAAAACCUAUCACAGAACAAAAAAUCAAGCCAUCUGUUGCUGACACCGAAUAUCCUGCUUCUGCUGGAAGCCAUGAUAUUCGUCAGCCUGUGCCGCACUUCUUUGAUGCAUCAAAAAGUCAUAAUGAAUUUUCUCAAGAAACAGUAUCAAAAAAUAGCAACAAAAACCAUGAAAUCCCCUCAGAAACUGAAGGAACUUUUAACACUGUCCCCAACACUGCUGAAAAUCAACCAGGUUAUGAAGAUUCAGUGGAGACACAACCAAAGCACAAGAAAAGUUACGCGGAUGAAAAUGAAUUCUCUUCUGCAACAACAGCUGAUAAAACUCUCCCUCGUGAAAAUGAUGAAGUUUAUAACCUCGGUAAUGAUGGAACUAGCACUGGUGCUGGUAGUAAUACCAAUGAUGGGACUGAAACAAAAGGUGGGGACAAGGGGGCUGCUGUGAGGGACUAUUUCAAUGAGAAGUCAAGGCCUGGUGAAGAAGAUAAGGCGCUCGCUGAGGUGAUUUCAGAAGCUUUACAUAAAGGGAAAGACGAGCCGUUGAAAAGUGAGGAUGCAAAGCUUGAUAGUGAAGUUGAGAAGCCAGAGAAAGUGUAUGAAGAAAGCAAUGUGGCUAGUCCAGGAAAAGGUAUGGUUGACAGGGUUAAGGGUGUUGUUGGAUCUUGGUUCGCCAAAUCUGAAGAGAGUCCAUCACCACAUGAUGCAGGAAUCGGUACUGAAGACAUAUCAAAGAAUAAAGAUUCUGUUCCAGAAGUGAAACAUGAUGGCAAAGUUGUGGAUGAAGGAAGGAUUCAGGAGUAA